CACUGGGCAAUAGGCACAGCUAGCACUCCCACAAUAACAGUGUUGACGUCACGCUACCAUCUCUCCCGUUGGAUACAGCUGCAAAACUGCGAGAGAGGGGGUGAUUGAAGGGAAUAGCUAAGCGGCGGUGGCGGCGGCAGCCAUCUUAGAACUAUCGCGGUUGCCGUAUUACAUCUUCUGGAUAUUUAUUUACAGGGUGCAUUAUAAUUGACCGCGUUGACGAGGACUAGAGAAGAGUGUUUACGUCUCCUGUGUUUUUUACUUAAAAAACGGGAUGAAGUUCCGUAGGUAUAAACCCUUAGCGUCUGCAAUCGGACUGGUCCUAGGACUAUUAUGUGCGGUGGAGGCAGCCAAAGUUAAUAAGCAUAAGCCAUGGAUCGAGACCACAUAUCACGGCAUCGUCACCGAGAAUGAUGACAAGGUGCUGCUGGACCCUCCCCUGAUCGCCCUGGACAAGGACGCCCCGCUGCGCUAUGCAGAGAGUUUUGAGGUGAUCUUCACCAAGGAAGGAGAGAUCUGUGGCUUCCGGAUCCACGGCCAAAAUGUCCCCUUCGAGGCGGUGGUGCUGGACAAGUCCACGGGCGAGGGGGUCAUUCGGGCCAAGGACAAGCUGGACUGCGAGCUGCAGAAGGAGCACACCUUCACCAUCCAGGCCUACGACUGUGGCGAGGGUCCUGAUGGAGCUAACAUGAAGAAGUCCCAUAAGGCUACUGUCCAUAUCCAGGUGAAUGAUGUGAACGAGUACUCACCCGUAUUCAAGGAGAAGUCCUACAAGGCCACCGUCAUUGAGGGCAAGAAGUACGACAACAUCCUGAAGGUGGAGGCUGUGGACGCCGACUGCUCCUUCCAGUACAGCCAGAUCUGCAGCUAUGAGAUCGUCACCCCUGAUGUGCCCUUCUCCGUCGACAAGGAUGGCAACAUCAAGAACACAGAGAAGCUCAACUACAGCAAGGAGCGCAUGUACAAGCUGACCGUGACCGCCUACGACUGCGGGAAGAACCGGGCCUCCGAGGACGUCCUCGUCAAGAUCAACAUCAAGCCCACCUGCAAACCAAGCUGGCAAGGAUUUAAUAAGAGAAUCGAGUAUGAGCCUGGCACUGGCAGCCUGGCCCUGUUUCCCAGCAUGCACUUGGAGACCUGCGAGGAGCCAAUCACCUCUAUCCAGGCCACCAUUGAGCUGGAAACCAGUCACAUUGGCAAGGGCUGUGACAGAGACACGUAUUCUGAGAAGUCCCUGCACAAGCUUUGUGGCGCCAGUGGCAAUACCGUAGAACUUCUGCCCACUCCCAGCAACAUUGCCAACUGGACCGUGGGGCUGCCCACAGACAAUGGGCAUGACAGUGACCAGGUGUUUGAGUUCAACGGCACGCAGGCCAUCAAGAUCCCUGAGGGCACAGUGAGCACUAGCCUGAAGGAGCCUUUCACCGUCUCUGUGUGGAUGAGGCAUGGCCCCGGGGCCCGUGAAAAAGAGACCAUCCUCUGCAACUCUGACAAGACAGAGAUGAACAGGCACCACUACUCGCUGUACGUGCACAACUGCCGCCUGGUGCUGCUCCUGAGGCAGGACCCCACCGAUGCCGAGAGCUACAAGCCCGCCGAGUUCCACUGGAAGCUGGACCAGGCGUGUGAUAAGGAAUGGCAUCAUUACGUGCUGAACAUCGAGUUCCCCUCUGUGACCCUGUUCGUCGACGGUGUCACCUUCGAGCCGUUCCUGGUAACCGAGGACUACCCCCUGCAUUCCUCCAAGCUGGAAACCCAGCUUACCAUCGGAGGCUGCUGGCAAGACGGCUCAGAAGUUCACAAUGAGACAGAGGCCGUGUCUGAGCCUCCCACAGGUGGUAGUGCCCACAUGGCUCAGUUCUUCAGGGGCAACCUUGCUGGCCUCAUGAUCCGCUCAGGCAAGCUGGACAACAAGAAGGUGAUCGACUGCCUGUACACCUGCAAAGAGGGCCUGGACGUGCAGCUUCCCGAGGAGGUGGCCACCACUGUGAAGGUUCAGUCUAAUCCCAACCAGUCCUCCAUCACCCUGGAGGGCGAUGACAUUGAGAGCUUUGAGAAGGUCAUGCAGCACAUCUCCUACCUGAACUCCAGGCAGUUCCCCACGCCCGGCAUCAGACACCUUCGCAUCUCCACCACUGUCAAGUGCUUCAAUGAGGAGGCGUGCAUCUCCGUACCCGACUCCGAGGGCUACGUGAUGGUGCUGCAGCCAGAAGAGCCCAAGAUCAGCCUGAGCGGCAUCGACCACUUCGCCCGCGGCGCUGCCGACUUUGAGAGCGCCGAGGGUGUCACCUUCUUCCCUGAGCUGCGCAUCGUCAGCACCAUCACCCGCGAGGUGGAGCCGGAGGCCGAGACCGAAGGAGAGGACGACCCCACGGUUCAAGAGACAGUGGUGUCCGAGGAGAUCAUGCACAACCUGGACACGUGCGAGGUGACUGUGGUGGGAGACGACCUGGACGGCGAGCACGAGAGCCUGGAGGUGGACCUGACCCAGGUGCAGCAGCGCGGCCUGGAGAUGAGCUCCUCCAACGUGGGCAUGAUCAUCACCGGCGUGAACACCAUGGCCAACUACGAGCAGGUGCUGCACCUGAUCCGCUACAGGAACUGGCACACGGAGGCCCUCUUCGACAGAAAGUUCAAGCUGGUCUGCUCCGAGCUCAAUGGCCGCUACAUCAGCAACGAAUUCAAAGUGGAGGUGAACGUCAUUCACACGGCCAAUCCCAUGGAGCACGCUAACAAUGCCAUGGUUCAGCCUCAGUUCAUCAGCCCAAUCCACCACGCCUCCGUGGAUCUCUCCGGACACAACCUGGUCAACGCUCACCAGGCUUCAGUGGUGCCCAGCGCCGCCACCGUCGUGAUCGUGGUGUGUGUGAGCUUCCUGGUGUUCAUGAUCAUCCUCGGCGUGUUCCGCAUCCGCGCCGCCCACCAGAGCACCAUGAGGGACCAGGAGAACGGCAAGGAGAACGAGAUGGACUGGGACGACUCUGCGCUCACCAUCACCGUCAACCCCAUGGAGACAUAUGAGGACCAGCACAGCAGCGAGGAGGAGGAGGAGGAGGAAGAGGAGGAGAGCGAGGAAGGCGAGGAGGAGGACGACAUUACCAGCGCUGAGUCGGAGAGCAGCGAAGACGAGGAGGGAGCCGAGCAGGAGGACCAGCAGGGGGCCAGCAGACAGCAGCAGCUGGAGUGGGACGACUCCACACUUACCUACUAAGCACACACACACACACACACACACAUAUACAUACAGACACACGCCUGCACACCUUUUCAAACACACCUACACACACUCUCUCACCAACACCACCACCAAACCCAACCCUUCUCUCUCACCUGUCAGUCAGUGGGGACCUAUCGUCCUCCCUGCACACACCCCCACCCCCCCCACCCCCAACCCUUCCUAAGGAGCCAUGAUUAUUAAAACAAAAAAACCUUAAAAGCAAAACAAGUAUAUAUGAAUAUAUAUAAAUCUCUAUAUAUCUGGUGUCUGUUGUUACAGAUGUGGCAGAUUCAGCUUCAUUUCCACCGGCCUAGGCUUCCCUGUUGUCAUCUUUUAGUGGUGGUCAGAAGUGUAGUAUAGUUUUGAAAGGAUAGCUGAGGUCGUUUUUUUUAUUUAUAUUUAUGGGUUGUUGUUCAUUUUUUAAAUCCCAGGGAAGCUUGGUGUAGAUUUUUUUGCAUUGUUUUGAGCUAUGUGAGGACACAACCUUGCACCUUUUUUAUUUUCUUCCUUACACAUGUAAAGUCUUUUAAACCGGAGAAUGAUUUGAUGUAUAUUUCUUGCACACUGCAUUACUAAUUUGUUUGCCACAGAAAUGCGAAAGAGGCUUGGACUCCUUGCUUUGUUUGUUUUUUCUUUCUUUCUUUUUUUCUUUCUUUCUCGUGCACUUGUGAGGGUCACACAAGGAGAGAAGCAGGAGAUAAAUGCUUUGAACAUUUGAACAAUUUGCCAUAGUUACGUUUGCUCUCCUAUCAUUUGCCUCUUUUCUUCAGUGCAUGAGAAAAUACAUUUGCAGAGUCAUGUGUAGAGGAUGAAGUUGCUUUUUUUGAUAUUUUGUAAAUACAAACGAGACCAUGUAAUUAGUCUGUGUGUGUGUAGUGAUGGCCUGAACCACGGGUUCCAAGUACAGUAUAUAUUAUAAUGACGCAGUAACCUGCUGUAGAUUGUUCGUGUCUCAAAUGCUUUUAGCAUGUUUUAAAAGAUUAAUUGGCAAAACUCUUCCUUCAUGCUUCUGUGAGAAACAUCUUCUUCAAAGAGAGAAACCCAUGACAAAAAACAAAUCCGUGAGGUUUCUAGGGUAAAGUGUCACUCAUUUUGUCUUUGUUUUAAGAUGAGGGCCUCGGACUUGAUCAGUCUGUUGGUUAUCAUUUUGCUAAUCUUUGCCAAGCUUAGGAAACAUGCUCCAAUGCUAAGCUUUGAUGUUUUUUCCAUUCCUGUGAUGGCCUCUUGAUAUAGGCCCAAUCUCAAUCACCAUGUUGGAGGUGAUAGACGUACGUACGAGUUACAUGCGGUACAGAUAAAGUCACACCUGCAGAUGUGCAAUCUUUAGAGGUGAUAGGAUCAACUCUUCCUGUCAUCUAACAUAAGACCCUACCGGAACCAAGGCUAGAAUUUCCCUCUUAGAGGCCCUCAGUGACAUUGGUCGUUCUGCCAUGUUGUCGUCUUACCAAACAGACUUUGGGACUGACGGAAGAAGAGGUGUGUCUCAAGAUUCUGAGCUUUACAAGAAUCCAAUCCAGUAACAAGUACACUGUUGCUUCUUGAAUGACGAUUUAAAAAUGCUAUUAGACGUUGUAUGUCAGCUACACUGCAAAAAAAAAAGAGUAAUGAAUAGUUUAACCUUGACAAAAGUGUAACACUUGAUUAAUUUUACAUUGUUCUAUCACUGUCAUCAUAGUAAUAGGUAGUCUCAUUCUGUUCAGGAAUACUGGAUUACCUUAUUUGAAGUUCGUAGGCUUUUGGCAAUGGGACUGCUGUAUUCUUGUGAAAUUGUGAAAAUUGAUCAGGUGUUACCAUUUUUAAUUGUAAAAUUCUGAAAAAUAUUUUUUUUUGCAGUUGACCACAAUGUUUUAUUUUACACGCAACUGUGCUGUAGUCAUGUUAUGUUUGUUUACAUUUGGUGAACUUAUUUUCCUUCUGCUAAUAGUAAGAAAUGUAUACAACCAAUUGGGAGGACGUGUCUGGUAUUGUUCUCAUGCUAUAUAUACUGUAUUUCCAUUGAAAAGUGAUUGUCCCUUUACCCCCCCCCCCCCCAAAACUGGACAAAUAAAUGUUUACCCUUCACAAAAAUGACUUAUAGAUGAAAUUGUAUUCAUGAGAUGAAUUGAACAAAUGAUUUAAGCAACAUACAGAUGUUAUAGAAUGUGAAAAAGCUCAGUAUGAUCUGUGGUCUGAAACCUAAAGAAUGUUAAAGGUACGCUAGCUGGGCCAAAGAUGCUCUAAAAAAAAAACCAUCUUGAGGCAAGCAACCACGUGUUGUGAUGGUCAUCAGUGCCCAGCAGUGAAAGGAUCUUAUAGUUGUGAGCCGGUUCUGUAAGGCCAGUGAGUUAAGUUAGUUUCUGUUAUAUCCUUAUUUUUCUUUGCUUCCCUCAUUACAGAAAAGGGCCUGAGGGAGAGGUCCAGAUUUAAGCUGGUGAAGUUGGGAGUGCCUUUUGCCUAUCACAGCGAAUUAACACAAUUAACUAAUAAAGACAUAAAAAAUCAUACUCAUCCACGCCACAGUCCUGGUGAUUUUUGUUUUUACCUUGUUUUGUAAUUAUUUAAUGCUAGAUUUGUUACAGAUGCAGGGGGAGUGAUUUUAUUCUUUUUUUAUUGUGUUGUAAUUUGGGUUACUGGGGGUCAACUGCUAGUUUAAUCAAAAUGUGAAAGUUUUAAUUGUCCUAAAUAGUUGUGUUGUGUUCACGUUGUGUAGAGAAAGUAGGUCCAUAUUGUUAUCAUCGAUAGAUAUUGUGCUCAGUCAUGUUUAAGGAAAUCCACUUCUAAAAAGCUGUACAUUAUUGAGAUGCUCUAGGCAGCAAUAUGUGGGUAUGAAUUUACCAAUCUGUAUAGUGAAAGGCCAUUUUGAAGUGUAUUGCCUGAUUUCCUGACAAAAACAAUAUGUAGAGAGCAGCAUGAAAUUCACUACAAGCCGCAAAAAUAACCAGUUCUCUACAGAAUUCACACAGCAUUCUUGUCAUAGUCUUUCACAGACACGAACACACAGACAAUGAGUUGGUAUCACGAUUUUCCCUUCUUUCCUAUCCACUUGUUAAGUCAUUCUAAAACCAGUUGAGGUUGCUUUAGGAACCACAGGAUCAAUACAUAAACCAUUCCAUUUCAAGUCCAGAUUUGACUUUGUUGUACAUUUGUAUGCAAAAAAUAAAGUUACAUUGGGUUGUAUUUUUGCUUAAUCCUCUCUAUAGUUUGGAGCAGAGUGUUGGAAGAAAUUCUGGCCUCUCCUAUUGCUGGUCACAUGACUUGCUGUGGUCACCCAAGACAUUUUUUGUCAUUAUGGGAUGUAAUGCAAUAUCCAUCACCCUGCAGGAGAAGCACUUAGAUAAGACUAAAGUUGAGGGGAGGGGUGCUUGAUAAACAAAGUAUUGUCUUAGCAUGAACAGCUCAGCUAUUACAUUUUGUGUCUAUUACACAUGGGGCACUGGGGUUUGGGGGGUUGGCAGAAGAAUAAAUAUACUACUGAUUCUCAGACUGUCUGACUCACAGGCAUACACCUUCUCCAAUGUCAUUGUCUACCUUUUUUGGUUCCUUGUAUUUUAUUAGAUUUUUUUGCUCUUAAAAAACGGAAGGCACAAAGAAUGGAUGUUUUUAGAACUGUUGGAUGCUCCCUUUGUGCUUGUCAGGGCUGCACUCACUUUUCUACCAUUCAAAGGCAGAUUAUGGUGAAGUUGAUGCUUGCUCAUGAACAACAAUAAAGGAAGACAAGAUGGGAUACAAAGUGG